UUGUUCCCAUAAGUCUGGUAACAGAGUCAGAAAACUUUCUCACUAAAUACCAGUAAGACUUCAUACAACUCACAAUACUGUAUACUGUGAUCAUCACAACAGCCAAGGAACAUAGUUGCCUACUGAAGUACCAUGAUAUCAUCUUUAAAGUGUAUUCAUCAUACUUUCAUCAGCAGAGUUCAUCUUCCUAGGACCUACCUCUUCAUAUUUCACAAACACCAAAUACCCAUCUGAACAAAGCCUCAAUCAGGCUACCUAACAGAAGAGAGUGACUGAGCUCACGACUGGCUGCCAGCUUUACCUUUCUCUCUUCACCAUUUAAAACUUCAGACUUCCUGCUUUCCUGGUGUCAUGGAGAAAGUCCAAUACCUCACUCGCUCUGCUAUAAGAAGAGCUUCAACCAUUGAAAUGCCUCAACAAGCACGUCAAAAUCUCCAGAACCUAUUUAUAAAUUUCUGUCUCAUUUUAAUAUGUCUCCUGUUGAUCUGCAUCAUUGUGAUGCUUCUCUGAAGUUCUGCUGCAGUCCCCAGUGAUGCAACUUGUCACCAUCAGCUUAAAAUCUGCCAUCCCAUGAAGAGAGGGAAAUACUACAUACCAGACCACUUCCUAAAUAGAAGAAUUCCUUUGUGAAAAGGUCAAGAUACAGAGCAAACAAUUGUUAGCAAAUGUAUUCAUCUGUGGGAUUUUGUAAACAUGAAAAGAGCUUUAUUUUCAAAAAUUAACUUCAAAAUGACUAUAAGUGUGUAUAAUGUAAUACCAAAUUCCUCUAUAGAGCUUGUAAGUGUCUAUCCCAAAUUCCUUCUGAGGAUGAACUAGAAUUUAGUUUUGAAACUGCACUGCUAACCAGUUCACUUCACCUAUAAAGCAUUAGCUUCACUUUUUGGGGUAACUGUAUAUUGUACUGUAAAAGCCUCUUUGGUGUAUAAGUAUUUUUCAGAUUUUCACCAAGUGUGUACCAAAAUAAUCAUUCAAAUGAAGUGUUCAUUUGAAAUAGUGAUUCCUCACAUUUAUUACCUUUGUUCUUAUCAUUCAGAAGUCUUUGUAGUAACUUUUAAACCCUACAUUUUAAAAUUGAAAUUGUAUUCUUUCUCUGUACUACACUAACAUUUUUAAGGUUUCUGAGAAACAAGUAUGAAAAAGCAAGGCCAUACUCUUACAUAAUUAAAAUUUCUCUUAACUAAUUUUUUCAAAGAAUUCCAGAAUGCUAGUAUACAUAGGCAAAUAAUAAAUCUGUCCUCUCCAGUACAUUAUGAUCAGCAGAUGAGAACUUUUGGUUAACUUAACAGCAGAGAGUAUAAUUAGCCCUAAUUAUUAAUACACUACUAGAAUCUAACCUUAAUUUAAGGCACUGCAGUUGAUUAUAUGAAUACAUAACUUACUACACUAUGCCUUUUGAAUCAUGAAAGCUUAAGACUUUAGAGUGAUUUUAUAGAUUGUCUUCUAUUCUAACCUCAUACUCAAGGUAGGCAAGGAAAAGAAUGAAAAAAAAAAAAGAAUAAGAGAAAAAUAUAUUAUUUCAAACAUUAAAAAAAAUAAAAAUCUGGUUCCCCCAAAUUAAUUAUUUGAUCACAUUUUGACAUAAACUUUUUGUCCUACUGUUUAUUAACAGGAUAUAGCUAUUUUCCUUAAUCUAUCAACCAGAUGGUCAUUACCUACCUAUUUGGUAGGCUAUUCUACCAUGCUAAAUUAUGAAUCCAGCAAUGCUAAUCAACAAUUGUUUUCCUGCCAAAUACAUUUUCAAUUUCCCCUGUGAUCAUUUAAAAAUACCUUUCAACUCAUAAUGGAAGUAAAAAAAAUUGUUGUUGGAAAAUACAUUCACCAAAAUGUCAUAAUUUAACUUGACUCAGUUUAAAAAAUAGGUCUAAAGUAAUUUAUACCUAUACUGCAUAAUCCAGUAAUUUUAACUUUAAGACAUAUUACUAACAUAGCAUUAUUAAAAGAGUAGAGAACACAUAAUUUAAUGACCUUCCAAAAUGUGGCCACUGAAGAAUCUGAAAAGUCAGUAUACCGACUCUGGAUUGUAGCACUAGUGCUACUAACAGUAUCAUAAAGAAGACCAUGCUUUUUCCUGGGUAUAUGAGAAGUCCUGGAGAUGGGGAGGGAGACAGUUUUGGUUCACUGAUACCUGAGAAAAGAAGAAAAGGGGAUCUCAUACUGACCAGAGGAUUUCUUUGCAAAGCCUCAUCUAUGGGUAGGAAAUCCCUAAUAUCAAUUAAAAGCUUAUAAAUAACAAGCAAUACAUUCACCUCACUGGUGUCAGUAAUUACUUGUGAAAAAAGUAACCAUAUUCUAUUAUUAGCUGCACUGAUCUUAGAAGUAAGUGGAAAAUGUGAAAUGCUAAACUCUAUGCCUUCCAUUAUAUUGUUCACUAUAACAUCAACAUCAAACUAUAAAAUGUGAAGUUAUGGGGAUUUUCCUAAGUAAAAUAGGAAUAAAUAAGUUUUUGUUUUCAUUCUGCCCUUAAUAGAAAUUAAAACCUUUUUCUUGGUGGAUUAUAGAGUAUGUAACUCAGAUUAUAAUGUAGAACAAAAAACUAUUCUUUAAAUGGAACUUAUUUAUUCUGUUUAUUGUAAUAUGUAAAGAGUAAGACAUAAUAAAACAAUGUAUUUAAAAAUGUUUAGAUAUCAAAUGUCCUUUCUCCUGUAGAAUAAAUUUAUAGGGUACUUAAUUUAUAGGGUACUAAAAAUGAACUAAUUUUUAAAUGUUUAAUGUUGCCUUUUAUACUUUAGUUGGUUCAAAAUGUUUAUUUAAUGCAAACCACCUACAAUAAAAAGAACCUUUUUGAACUCA